UUCAUAGUGGACAAUAAAAGUAAGCAUCCGAGCAUCUCCAGCCUCCCUUAGUAUAAAUACGUACACACUCCAUAGGUUUGUAUGUAUAAUUUCAAGUUGACAAGAACCAACAGAUUGGCGAGAGAGAUUUGAGGCUGAUAGCCCUUGUGUUAUCUUCUUGUUUUCUUCUUAAAAGCAUUCCUGGACUUCAUUUCUACACCCCCUUGCUCUCUUUAUCCUCUCUUUCUCGAGCUCUGAGUCACCUAUGGCGAGCUGGGUGAUCUCAGAAUGUGGGCUUAGGCCCCUGCCAAGAAUCUACGCCCGGCCCAGAACUGAAGCUUCGUGUCUGAACUCGAGGAAUACGAUGAAGAAUCUUAGAUUCCUGGAUGCGAAUGUGAAGAUUCCUUUGAUGGGGUCGAGGAGCUGGGGACUAAGAGUGAGUGUGCCAAUGAGUGUUCCAAGUGUGAGUGAAGAGGGAGAGAGAUUGAAGAGAUUGAAUGGGGAGGAGGAGGAGAGUGUUUUUGACCCCGGGGCGCCGCCGCCGUUUAAGCUGUCGGAUGUAAGAGCCGCCAUUCCUAAGCAUUGUUGGGUUAAGGAUCCUGUGAGAUCUAUGAGCUAUGUUCUGAGAGAUGUUUUGAUUGUGUUUGGAUUGGCGGUGGCUGCUUCUAUGGUUAAUAAUUGGGCUUUUUGGCCUCUUUAUUGGGUUGCUCAAGGGACUAUGUUUUGGGCUCUUUUUGUUCUUGGACAUGAUUGUGGUCAUGGAAGUUUUUCGAAUAAUGCGAAGCUGAACAGUGUUGUUGGACAUAUUCUUCACUCUUCAAUUCUGGUUCCAUAUCAUGGAUGGAGAAUUAGCCAUAGAACUCAUCAUCAGAACCAUGGCCAUGUUGAGAAUGAUGAAUCUUGGCAUCCAUUAACAGAAAAGCUGUUUAAUAGUUUGGAUGAUCUGUCAAGGAAAUUUCGGUUUACUUUGCCAUUCCCUAUGCUUGCCUAUCCUUUUUAUCUGUGGGGUCGAAGUCCUGGGAAGAAGGGGUCACACUAUGAUCCGAGCAGCGAUUUAUUUGUGCCUAAUGAACGAAAAGAUGUGAUCACCUCAACAGUUUGUUGGACUGCCAUGGCUGCACUGCUUGUUGGUUUGAACUUUGUUAUGGGUCCUGUAAAAAUGCUUAUGCUUUAUGGGAUUCCCUAUUGGAUUUUCGUAAUGUGGUUGGAUUUUGUAACUUACUUGCAUCACCAUGGUCACGACGACAAACUUCCAUGGUACCGUGGCCAGGAAUGGAGUUAUCUGAGAGGUGGGCUUACAACACUUGAUCGCGAUUACGGAUGGAUCAAUAACAUCCACCAUGAUAUAGGAACUCAUGUUGUUCAUCAUUUGUUCCCUCAGAUCCCACAUUACCAUCUAAUUGAAGCUACGGAAGCUGCUAAGCCGGUGUUCGGGAAGUACUACAGGGAGCCAAAGAAGUCUGGACCAUUUCCAUUUCACUUGUUAGAAACACUCAUGAAGAGUUUCAAGAAGGAUCAUUAUGUUAGUGAUACAGGGGAUGUUGUUUAUUACCAAGCACAUCCUGAAAUUGCCACAAAAAAGUGAACGAGACUUUGUACAUUUCAUCAUAUAUAACUAUUGCAAGCCUGCUAUACAGGCUGCUAAAUUCUUUAAGAGCA